AUGUCAAAUUGGAGCUUCAUGAGCAACUUUACCAAUCUAAGCGGUAUGCUGAGCGGUGAUUGGGGAGACGGAGAUUCGAACCCUCUGGAAGAUGGAGAUUCAGAUCCGGUGGAAACCGAACUAUGCUCUAUGGACAAGCCUCUAGGUGGACUGGCGGACGACGAUUUUGACAGCACACAGUAUCGAAAUGGCUUACCAGACACGCCACCCCUACGAGCAAUGAGCCCAGAAACACAGUACGAGUUGAAUGAAACUGGAGACCACGUCGAGGAUAGAUUGAAAGAUAGUGUAACCUCAGUUGGGAGUGAUAAAGAUGAUAAAGGGGGUGUGCAGGAAAAUAUGGAUGUGGAUGAAGAUGGGGGUAACCAGGGUGACGACAAGGGAUGUAUAUUUGUGGUGAACGACGAGCCCCUACAGUUCUUUAUACCGCCAUCAAAGGAGAAGAAAGCGUUGCGAGAAUUAAUACAG